AUUUACAAAGACAUUACCGUAUACAUACUAAUGAACGACCUUAUUCUUCGCUCUAUUCCUGGAUGCGGGAAGAGUUUUAUUCAACGCAGCGCCUUGACUGUUCAUAUUCGAACACAUACGGCGAGAAAAACCCCAUCAGUGCCAACACAUUGGCUGUGGCAAACGGUUCUCUGAUUCUUCGAGUCUUGCACGGCACCGACGUAUACACACUGGAAAGCGUCCAUACAAAUGUGCCCAUGAUGGUUGUUCCAAGAGCUUUUGCAGAAAAACCACCAUGGUUAAGCAUCAACGGAGAUCGCAUCAGCAGGGGAUGAACCCCAACGAUAUCGACGAUUGCUCCUCGGAUUCUGAUGAUGACGAGUCUCCCUCUACUCCCCAGCACUCCUCUAUGACCUGGUCGCCUCACGAUAUGGUUUCUAUGGGCCAAACAGCACCAAACGGCUCACUCCAUCGUGCAUCCUCUUAUGCCGACUUUGAAUCUCAGGUCCAUGGUCACCAUAUGCCGGCUCACUAUGCCCACAGACAUGGAAUUCCCACCACUGUCCCGCAUGAGUACCACGGGCAUACGGUGCCCGAUCAACACGCCCACGUUCAACUAGUUCAUCGAGCCGCAGCCAUACCGCGCCAGGCAUACUAUGUAACUGAGCAAGGGAACCCUGGCGUUGCCACAAUGACCAGUUCCUUGCCUCCUCAUUACCACCUAUCACAACACGUGGAGCGACCUGCCUUGGAGAUGCCGUAUUCGGCCCCAGGAAUUCCGACAUCGAUUCAGAGUAGCCCCAGCACCUUCUCUGCCACUUCGGUCCCAAGCCCCAUGGUUCAAGAUGGCUUCUAUGCUCACCAGCCGACAACCCAGGCAGCAUAUACAGCAGCAGAAGCCCAACCAGCUAUGGUUCAAUAUCACCACCCUGUUCAGCACCAUAUGGCCCAGGCCCAGCAGCCGGUUGUAUCACAGCCGCAGCAUAUGCCUGCCACGACCGAACACUACCCUCCACCAUCAGCGCAUCCGCAACAAGAGCAGUGGUCCAAUUACGACCCUCCGAUUGAGGUUACAACCAUUGGACAACUGCCUGCGUAUGGGAGUGCAGUGUACGAUAUAUAUGCACCCAAGUUGGAGUUUGACGAUCCUUCACUGCAGCUUCCAAGCAGCAGACUGGCGAGCAUGUGAUCAGUCCGCUCCUAAUGCCACUCCAUAAUUUACGAAUAUUGUCUUCAGCACACGACAAGAUAUCGCCCUGUUUCUUCACGAUAGUUACCUGUAACAUUACGAUCAUACCACGGCUGGACCACGCAACGAUCUCUAUUUCAUGAAUUUUAUUUCUACUCUUGAAGAGGAUAUACCCGUUGGGACGUUAUUGGAAGAGAACAGGAUAGAGCAUUACUCGAAAACCAUCAAUCUUUCUCUAGAUCUUAUGAAAGAUGUCACCCACGAUUUGGAACACCGUUCUUGUUUUUUUCUUCAUCAGUUGGAUCUUGUGUAAUUCGAGCUGAGGAGGGGUUUGUUCAUCUUUUGCCAGUCACUUUUUACCUGAGCAUCCGCGACUUUGGAUCAAGGGCGUUGCAGCGGCUCAUUCUUGCUACUCGGAUUCUCUUUAUAUUGGAUUAUUUGAGCAGCAGCCCAUUGCGCCUGAGUAUUUCUCCUAAUCUUGUCAUCGUUUGUUUUCUUGUCUUUUGCAACAUUGAGUAGCACCAAUACCCUAUGUCAGGUUUUCAUGUUGAGGUUUCGUUGGGCGGAUAAUUUACUGGGAGUAGGAGGUGGGCAGAUGGCAGGAAGGGCUCGUGCACGCAUAUGGAUUGACACCAGCAUUGAAUAUCUGAAGACUUGGAAAUAGAGGCUUAAUGUCCACAUCUAAUACACAUAUAUUAUUUUGUAACCA